UCCCGUCCUCUUCCGCGCGGUCCUCUGCGCCGUGAGCCACGACUCCCCACGGACACCGGGGUCCCCGGAGGCGGCUUCCUUUGUCUCUGCUCCCCGCCCUCCCUCCGCGGCGCCCCUCGCCCCUCACUCACCGCCCCAGCCCCGGCGAGGGCGACGGAGCCGAGGCGCGGCCCUCCGCGCACCCGCUCUUUAUUCUCUGCCUCCCGCUCGCUGCCUGCGCCGCUCCCGCCUCUGCUGGGGACCCGAGACCCUCCGCGCCCGGCCGCCCGCGCCUCCCCACGGGGUCCCCGGGCGAGGGCCCGCUCGCCGCCAGUACCCCUCGGGCCGGCCCUUCCGGGGUCGCCCGGCGGGCGGGACCGGGGGCUCCCGGGGGCUCCGGGAAGACUGAGCACGCCGGAGAGCUGCGGGCACCUACGACUACCGGGCUGUGGAUACAGGGGGUGGCCGCUGGCGGGCCCUCAGUUUCUCCUCCGCCUCCCUCUGAGCCCACAUUUGGGGUGCUACUCCGGGAGAAUUUUGCACAUCUCCCAUUAUGAGCCUCAAAGGCUGCGGAGGUGUCCUGGCUCUCUGGGCUGUGACCGGCGUUGAACUUUGAGAACAGAGCUGCUGUCCGCUGCCCCAGGGGACCCAGCAUGGGAGGAGUUGCCCCGAAGAGGCCCAAGGGCGCCCCUUGAGCGACCCGCUCACCCUGAGAGUGGGGGCUGAGGAGCCCAGGGCCAUGCCUCCACUACCUCUGGAGAGGGACCCGCGGCAGCAGCGCGGGGUCUCCCUGCUGGUGCGGUAUUUCAUGAUCCCCUGCAACGUCUGCCUGAUCCUGCUGGCCACCUCUACGCUGGGCUUCGCCGUGCUGCUUUUCCUCAACAACUACAAACCUGGGACCCAUUUCACACCAGCACCUCCAGUGCCUCCGGACGCAUGCCGAGGAAUGUUGUGUGGCUUUGGCGCCGUGUGUGAGCCCAGCGCGGAAGGUUCCGGCAGAGCCUCCUGCGUGUGCAAGAAGAGUGCCUGUCCGGCUGUGGUGGCACCUGUGUGUGGCUCCGACGCCUCCACGUACAGCAACGAGUGUGAGCUCCAGCGGGCGCAGUGCAGCCAGCAGCGACGCAUCCGCCUCCUCAGCCGCGGGCCCUGCGGCUCCCGGGACCCCUGCUCCAAUGUGACGUGCAGCUUCGGCAGCACCUGUGUGCGCUCAGCAGACGGGCAGACGGCCACGUGCCUGUGCCCGGCCACCUGCCGGGGGCCCCCUGACGGCCCCGUGUGUGGCAGCGACGGGGCCGACUACCCCAGCGAGUGCCAGCUCCUGCGCCACGCGUGCGCGCGCCAAGAGAACAUCUUCAAGAAGUUCGACGGCCCUUGUGACCCUUGCCAGAGCGCCCGCAGUGACCUAAGUCGUAUCUGCCGUGUGAACCCACGCACGCGGCGCCCUGAGAUGCUGCUGCGGCCAGAGAGCUGCCCUCCUCGGCAGGCACCCGUGUGCGGGGACGACGGGGUCACCUACGACAACGACUGUACGAUGGGCCGCACGGGAGCUGCCCGUGGCCUCCUCCUCCAGAAAGUGCGCUCCGGCCAGUGCCAGCCUCAAGACCAGUGCCCAGAUGUGUGCAGGUUCAACGCCGUGUGCCUGAUCCGCCGGGGUCGCCCCCGCUGCUCCUGUGACCGCGUCAUCUGCGACGGGGCCUACAGACCUGUGUGCGCCCACGACGGGCACACCUACGACAGUGACUGCUGGCGCCAGCAGGCUGAGUGUCAACAGCAGCGCGCCAUCCCUGCCAAGCACCAGGGCCCGUGUGACCAGCCUCUGUCCCCGUGCCUUGGGGUGCAGUGCCCGUUUGGGGCAGCGUGUGCUGUGAAGAACGGGGAAGCUGAGUGUGUGUGCCAGCAGGCGUGUUCGGGCAUCUAUGAUCCUGUGUGUGGCAGUGAUGGCGUCACGUACGGCAGCACGUGUGAGCUGGAAGCCACGGCCUGCACCCUUGGACGGGAGAUCCGGGUGGCUCGCAGAGGACCCUGUGACCGCUGCGGGCAGUGCCGCUUCGGAGCUCUGUGUGAGGCUGAGACCGGGCGCUGCGUGUGCCCCUCCGAGUGCGUGGCCCUGGCCCAGCCUGUGUGCGGCUCUGAUGGGCACACGUAUGCCAGCGAGUGUGAGCUACAUGUCCACGCCUGCACACAUCAGAUCAGCCUGCGUGUGGUCUCGGCUGGACGCUGCCAGACCUGCGGAGAUACGGUGUGUGCCUUUGGCGCGGUGUGCUUGGCUGGACGGUGUGUGUGUCCCCGGUGUGAGCGCCCCCCACCCGGCCCCGUGUGUGGCAGUGACGGUGUCACCUACCACAGCGCCUGUGAGCUCCGAGAGGCUGCCUGCCAGCAGCAGACGCGGAUCGAGGAGGCCCGGGCAGGGCCCUGUGAGCAGGCCGAGUGCGGCUCUGGAGGCUCUGGCUCUGGAGAGGACGGCGAGUGUGAGCAGGAGCUGUGCCGGCAGCAUGGCGGCGUCUGGGACGAGGACUCGGAAGACGGGCCCUGCGUCUGUGACUUCAGCUGCCAGAGCGUCCCGAGGAGCCCGGUGUGUGGCUCCAACGGGGUCACCUACGGCACCGAGUGCGAGCUGAAGAAGGCCCGGUGUGAGCUGCAGCGGGAACUGUACGUCGCGGCUCAGGGAACCUGCCGUGGCCCCACCCUGGCCCCGUUGCCACCUGCAGUUCCCCCGCACUGCACCCAGACCCCCUACGGCUGCUGCCAGGACAACAUCACUGCUGCCCGCGGUGUGGGCCUGGCCGGCUGCCCCAGCUCCUGCCACUGCAACCCACAUGGCUCCUACAGUGGCACCUGUGACCCAGCCACAGGCCAGUGCUCCUGCCGCCCAGGGGUCGGGGGCCUCAAGUGUGAUCGCUGUGAGCCUGGCUUCUGGAACUUCCGUGGCAUUGUCACCGAUGGCCGGAGCGGCUGCACUCCCUGCAGCUGUGACCCCCGGGGUGCCGUGCGGGACGACUGUGAGCAGAUGGCAGGGCUGUGCUCAUGUAAGCCUGGGGUGGCGGGACCCAAGUGCGGGCAGUGUCCGGACGGCCACACCCUGGGCCCUGCUGGCUGUGAGACAGACUCCCUGGCGCCCGAGACCUGUGCUGAGAUGCGCUGCGAGUUUGGGGCAUCCUGCGUGGAGGAAGCUGGCUCCGCACACUGCGUGUGCCCAACACCCACCUGUCCAGAGGCCAGUGCCACCAAGGUCUGUGGGUCGGACGGAGUCACCUACGGCAAUGAGUGCCAACUGAGGACCAUCGCCUGCCGCCAGGGCUUGGACAUCUCUAUCCAGAGCCUUGGCCCAUGCCAGGACUCUCUUUUUCUUGCAGAGGCUAUUGCUUCUGGUGCCCGCCCAACAUCUCCUGCACCCGUGGCCACCUUGGGGCUCAACGUGAGCAGGGCGCUGCCGCCCCCACCCAGCGCCCUCCCCCUGACUCCCGGCAGUACCCCUCACAGCCGGCCCACUCCUCGACCCUCACCGGGACCUUGGACCACUGCCCGCAUCCCCAGGACAACCACGAGGCCCGUGCUGACCAUGCCCCCCACGGCCCCUGCCACAGCCCCCAAUCUCGCCACAUCUGCCUUUGGCGAAUCUGGCAGUGCUGACGGGAGCGGCGAUGAGGAACUGAGUGGUGACCUGGAAGCCAGUGGGACGGGCUCGGGGGGACUCGAGCCCCCUGAAGGUGGCAGCGCUGUGACCCCUGGGCCACCCCUGGAGAGGGCUUCUUGCUACAACUCGCCUUUGGGCUGCUGCUCGGAUGGCAAGACGCCCUCGCUGGACACAGAAGGUUCCAACUGUCCUGCCACCAAGGCGUUCCAGGGUGUGCUGGAGCUUGAGGGAGUCGAGGGGCAAGAGCUGUUCUAUACACCGGAGAUGGCUGACCCCAAGUCAGAGCUUUUUGGGGAGACCGCUAGGAGUAUCGAGAGCACACUGGAUGACCUCUUCCGGAACUCAGACGUUAAGAAGGACUUCCGAAGUGUCCGCCUGCGGGACCUGGGGCCUGGCAGCUCAGUCCGAGCCAUUGUGGACGUGCACUUUGAUCCUGCCACGACCUUUAGGGCGCCCGACGUGGGCCAGGCCCUGCUCCGGCAGAUACAGGCCUCUAGGCGCCGGUCCCUGGGGGUCAGGCGGCCACUGCAGGAGCACGUGCGCUUCAUGGACUUUGACUGGUUUCCUGCGUUCUUCACGGGAGCCACCACGGGAGCCACACCUGCCGCCGCCACGGCCAGGGCCACCACUGUGGCCCACCUGCCUUCUGCUGUGACCCAGCGGGCCCUCUACCCCAGUCACACAAGCCGGCCUGUCGGCAGGACCACAGCCCUGCCCACGACACGCCAGCUCCCCACCACUGCCCCCCGUCAUGUGCCUGGACGCCGGCCCUUGCCCCCAGGCACCCAGCAGCCACCAAGGCCCUGUGACUCCCAGCCCUGCCUCCACGGAGGGACCUGCCGGGACCAAGACUCAGGUGGAGGCUUCACCUGUAGCUGCCCAGUGGGCAGGAGGGGAGACACCUGUGAGAAGGCACUGCAGCCCUCACUGCCAGCCUUCGGAGGCCACUCCUUCCUGGCCUUCCCCACCCUCCGUGCCUACCACACACUGCGCCUGGCGCUCGAGUUCCGGACGUGGGAGCCACAGGGGCUGCUGCUCUACAAUGGCAACGCCCGGGGCAAGGACUUCCUGUCGCUGACAUUGCUGGGGGGCCGCGUGCAGCUCAGGUUCGACACAGGUUCGGGGCCCGCGGUACUGACCAGCUCAGUGCCUGUAGAGCCUGGCCGCUGGCAUCGCUUGGAGCUGUCUCGGCACUGGCGCCGGGGUACCCUCUCAGUGGAUGGUGAGACCCCUGUUGUGGGCCACAGCCCCAGUGGUACAGAUGGUCUCAACCUGGACACAGACCUCUUUGUGGGCGGCGUCCCAGCGGACCAGGCUUCCGUGGUGCUCGAAAGGACCUCCGUCAGUGUUGGCCUCAAGGGCUGCAUCCGCCUGCUAGACAUCAACAAUCAGCGGUUGGAGCUCAGCAGCUGGCAGGGGACAGUAACCCGAAGCUCUGGUGUGGGUGCAACCUGUAGUGAUGGCGAGAACCCCUGUGAGCCGAACCCUUGCCACGGGGCAGCCCCUUGCCGUGUGCUGCCUGAGGGCGAGGCCAAGUGCGAAUGCCCCCAGGGACGAGGGGGCGCCCUCUGUCAGACAGUCUCCAAGCAGGAUUAUCCCCGGCCCUUCCUGGCUGACUUCAGCGGCUUCUCCUACCUGGAGCUGGAAGGCCUGCAUACGUUUGCGCGUGAUCUAGGGGAGAAGAUGGCGCUGGAGGUGGUGUUCCUGGCCCGUGGCCCCAGUGGCUUGCUCCUCUACAAUGGGCAGAAGACAGAUGGCAAGGGGGACUUUGUGUCACUGGCGUUGCAUGAUCGAUUCCUGGAGUUCCGCUAUGACCUGGGCAAGGGGGCAGCGGUCAUCAGGAGCAAGGAGCCAGUGGCCCUGGACACCUGGACCAGGGUCUCACUGGAGCGCAGUGGCCGCAAGGGCGCCAUGCGUGUCAGUGACGGGCCCCGAGUGCUGGGGGAGUCCCCGAAGUCCCGCAAGGUGCCACACACAGUCCUCAACCUGAAGGAGCCGCUCUAUGUCGGAGGGGCUCCUGAUUUCAGCAAGCUGGCCCGGGCAGCUGCAGUGUCCUCCGGCUUUGACGGCGUCAUCCAGCUGGUCUCCCUGAAAGGCCACCAGCUGCUGACCCAGGAGCACGUGCUGCGGGCAGUGGACGUCUCGUCUUCCACACACCACCCUUGUACCCAGGCCUCGGGCCACCCCUGCCUCAAUGGGGCCUCCUGCCUCCCUCGGGAGGCCUCCUAUGAGUGCCUGUGUCCCGGGGGCUUCUCAGGGCUUCACUGCGAGAAGGGGCUGAUUGAGAAGUCGGCAGGGGAUCUGGAUGCCCUAGCCUUCGACGGACAAACCUACGUUGAAUAUCUCAAUGCCGUGACCGAGAGCGAGCUGAGCAAUGAGAUCCCAGCUCCUGAAGCUCCGGAUUCCGGGGCCCUCCCCAGUGAGAAGGCAGUGCGCAGCAACCACUUUGAGCUGAGCCUGCGCACAGAGGCCACACAGGGGCUGGUGCUGUGGAGCGGGAAGGCCACAGAGCGGGCUGACUACGUCGCUCUGGCCAUCGUGGAUGGGCGCCUGCAGCUGACCUACGACUUGGGCUCCCAGCCCGUGGUGCUGCGUUCCACCGUGCCGGUCAACACCAACCGCUGGUUGCGGGUGAGGGCACACAGGGAACAGAGGGAAGGAUCCCUCCAGGUGGGCAAUGAGGCCCCUGUGACUGGCUCUUCCCCGCUGGGUGCCACACAGCUAGACACAGACGGAGCCCUAUGGCUGGGUGGCCUGGAGAAGCCGCCCAUGGGCCAGGCCCUGCCCAAAGCCUACAGCACAGGCUUUGUGGGCUGCCUCCGGGAUGUAGUGGUGGGCCAGCGCCCACUGCACCUGCUGGAAGAUGCUGUCACCAAGCCGGGGCUUCGGGCCUGCGCCGCCCUGUGAGACAUACGCCACAGCCCACCAGCCACCCUGCUGUCAUUAUUUUCUAUUUUUGUAAACUCAUUGCUUUUUUGAUAUGGUUUUCUUGCCUGUAUGUUGGCCAGAGGGACUGCUGGACCGGCCUCCCUACCAUCCAGACAGACAAGCUACAGAGGCAAACUCUGCGUCAAGGGACUUGCAGGGGGAGGUGGUGCAGGCAGCACGGAGGGCUUGACUCCAGCGCUAGUCUCAGGACGUUCCUCUCCACCUCAGGCCACUGUGUCCCGGCCCCUCCCCUGUGUGUCCACCGGGCCUGUGUCCCCAGAGCAGGAAGGCGCUGCUGGGGCUUGAGGGGGCCUUUCCUCCUCGCAAGGCCUCAGGGCCGCCUCGGUUCCCACUUGAGCUGCUCCUGCCCUUGGCGUGUGCGGUAGGCCGGGGCUAGCCUCGAGCGCAGACUGGCCCCUCCCAGGCCUCCUGUGCCAAUACUGUGACUUAGAAGCAAUGUUACUGUUGGGGCUAUAUAUCGUACCCUUCCUUCCGGCUGUGUCCACCAGUCCCAGAGUGCUGGAGCGCAGAGGCCAAGCCCAGGCCUGGUCAGGGCACCUUGGCCCUUAGUUGGCCUGCCUGUCCGUCCAGCCACUCUGGACAUAGCCGUGUCCCCUCCCUGAUACCCCAGGUCCCAUGAGGAGUCCUGAGAGGGAGCAGGACCGCUGUGUGAUGCGGUUGAUGUCCGCUGCCUGCUUGUUUGGGCAGCCGGCAUCCCCCUCUCAAGGAUGGAUGUUCGGGCCUGACCACCCACCUUUAUGCAUUGAUUUUAUUUGACACGUGGAGUGACAGGGCCGUCGUUCUUCCUGUCCUGGCCCAAGGGGCGGCUGAGGACCCCACACGGCAAACUCCCUCUCAGGUCCUGGUGUGAGGGUAGUUGUCAUUGUCCAAGAAUGACCAGGGGUCAGCCGAGUGUCUGACCGAGGCCAAGGGGUGGGUGUAGAGGCAGCAGAAAAAACCGCAACGUUACGCCGCGUCCUACCUGUCCCCCCCACCCUCCCCUCCGUGGGGGUAGCAGCCCCAACACCCCCACAUCUGGGACUGUGUCAUGUUACUAACUCCGGUCUGUGUCUGUGUCUGUGUCAAUCACCGUGAAUUAAAGUCUGAACACUUUAAAAGAA